AAGCGGAAGCGCUUCUAAUCGGGGUGCUGCGGCCCGUGGCGCGCGGGCGGGUGUGGGCCCUGGUGCGCGCGCGCGCGGGGUCUCUGGCGGUGGGCCAGGACCUGCAGGUCGCGUCCGCUGGUGUUGAAGGCUCUUGUCUGCACACUUUCCCCUCAGCCUUUGGGACGACCUAAUUUCACUGUUAGGAACUGUUGAUCCUCAACACAGGAAGAGGGACUCGCCAGCUGUGUGCACAUCCCCUGAGAGCCAAAAGGGCGAAAUGAAACGUGAACACGAUCAUAAUGAGAUUCUGAGUAAGUUGUAUAUUAUCAGAGAGUGGGCAAAAUAAUAGGUUCUUGGCAACGUUUUAAGAAGAAGCUCUGCCUGCCUAGAAAGAUAAAUGAGAUGGUGCUGUUUUCACUUUCAGUUCAGUGAUGGGGAGGCGUGUUUGGCAGUGCACAGGUAGCGAAGUGUCCCAAGAACGUGGAAGUUAAGGAAGUCUUCUGAGGAAAAACUUUAUAAAAUUAGUCAUUAAAGCGUGAGAGUCGAGAGAUGCAAAGUGAUCUUGAAGGAACAAAAUUUACCCAGACCUUCAAAGGCUUGACACUAUCCCGACGACUGUGAAAUAUCCUGAAAUACUGUGGGUUUUUUUGAGACUGAGUCGCUCUGUUGCCCAGGCUGGAAUGCAGUGGCUCGAUCUAGGCUCACUACAACCUCCGAGUUCAAGCGAUUCUUCUGCCUCAGCCUCCCGAGUAGCUGGAAUUACUGGCCCCCACCACCAGGCCCAGCUAGUUUUUGUAUUUUUGGUAGAGAUGGGAUUUCACCAUGUUGGCCAGGCGAGUCUCCAACUCCUGACCUUGUGAUCCGCCUCUGCUUCCCGAAGUGCUGGGAUUACUGGCGUGAGCCACAGCGCCCAGUCGUCUACUUUUUUUAAUAGCCCUUUUUAACAGCUUUAUUCGUUUGACUCACUGAUGAAUGCUAAGAAUGUCUGUCAUGUAAUUGAAGAAAACUUUGUUGAAUUAAUACCUUUGUUGUGUUUCAUUCACACUGUAUAUAAAUACCUGAUGACUAGAGAUAUUUUGAGCACUAUUAAAAUACAUGCAUUGGAUCAAUACAUGAAUUGGAUCAAAUCUGCAGCCUUAACAAGAUCGUAUUUUGGCUAAAGUCAAAAUCUUGGACUACAGUUAAUUUAUCAAGCAUGCUGAUCCCAUAUUCAAUGAAGAAUUGCUUCCAGUUACUUUAUAACCGCCAGGUCCCAACAGCUGGUUUUAAAAAAAAAGUAAAAAAUGGACUCAUUAUACAUUCAGUUUCCAAUGAUGUCUAUCAAAAUCUGGCUGCAGAAGACUGGAUCCAUGACCAUAUGAACCUAGAAGACAAACCAAUUCUAUUCUUUUGGCGGAAUUCUCCCUCUGUUGUAAUUGGUAGGCAUCAAAAUCCUUGGCAGGAAUGUAACCUGAAUCUAAUAAGAGAAGAAGGUAUAAAAUUGGCUCGGAGAAGAAGUGGAGGAGGAGCAGUCUACCAUGAUAUGGGUAAUAUCAAUUUGACUUUCUUUACAACCAAAAAAAAGUAUGAUAGAAUGGAAAAUCUGAAACUAAUUGUGAGAGCUCUGAAUGCUGUCCAACCUCAGCUGGAUGUGCAGGCUACCAAAAGGUUUGACCUUUUACUUGAUGGACAGUUUAAAAUCUCGGGAACAGCUUCUAAGAUUGGUCGGACUACUGCCUAUCACCAUUGCACUUUAUUAUGUAGUACUGAUGGGACGUUCUUGUCUUCUUUGCUAAAGAGCCCUUACCAAGGGAUCAGGAGCAAUGCCACUGCUAGCAUACCUUCCUUAGUGAAAAAUCUUUUGGAAAAGGAUCCCACUCUGACCUGUGAAGUACUAAUGAAUGCUGUCGCUAAAGAGUAUGCUGCUUAUCAUCAAACUGAUAAUCACAUUCACCUAAUAAACCCAACGGAUGAGACACUGUUUCCUGGGAUAAAUAGCAAAGCCAAGGAACUACAAACCUGGGAGUGGAUAUACGGCAAAACUCCAAAGUUUAAUAUAAAUACUUCCUUUAAUGUGUUAUAUGAGCAGUCACACUUGAACAUUAAAGUAUUCAUAGACAUAAAGAAUGGAAGAAUUGAAAUCUGUAAUAUUGAAGCACCUGAUCAUUGGUUGCCAUUAGAAAUACUUGACAAAUUAAAUUCAAGUCUUGUUGGCAGUAAGUUUUGUCCAUCUGAAACUACCAUGCUAACAAAUAUAUUACUUAGAACAUGUCCACAAGACCACAAACUACACAGUAAAUGGAAUAUUCUCUGUGAAAAAAUUAAAGGAAUAAUGUGAUUCCAAGUAAAUUUCUUAAUACAGUUAAGUUAGAAAAUAAAAUGUCUCAUACAUA